AAUGCUUUCUCUUAUUUUCAGAUCCUGGCCAUGAGGUUGGAUGCCUCACCUUGCUGAGAAGAGACACUGGACCUAAAUGGCGCAGCAUGACUUUGUUCCUGCUUGGCUAAAUUUCUCAACACCACAGUCGGCAAAGUCACCUACAGCCACCUUUGAAAAACACGGAGAGCACAUAUCCCGAGGAGAAGGUAGAUUUGGAGUAAGCCGUCGUCGACAUAAUUCCUCCGAUGGCUUUUUUAACAAUGGACCCCUACGAACUACAGGAGAUUCCUGGCACCAGCCCUCCCUGUUCCGCCAUGAUUCUGUGGACUCCGGUGUCUCUAAGGGAGCUUAUGCUGGAAUCACAGGGAGCAUAUCUGGUUGGCAUGGCUCUUCCCGAGGUCAUGAUGGCAUGAGCCAGCGUAGUGGAGGUGGGUCAGGGAACCAUCGCCACUGGAAUGGCAGUUUCCACUCCCGGAAAGGCUGUGCCUUUCCAGAAAAGCCACCUACAGAGAUUAGGGAAGAAAAGAAAGAAGACAAGGUGGAAAAGCUGCAGUUUGAAGAGGAAGAUUUUCCUUCUUUGAAUCCAGAAGCUGGCAAACAGAAUCAGCCUUGCAGACCUAUUGGGACCCCUUCUGGAGUGUGGGAAAACCCACCUAGUGCCAAGCAAUCCUCCAAGAUGCUAGUCAUCAAAAAAGUUUCCAAAGAGGAUCCUGCUGCUGCCUUCUCCGCUGCAUUCACCUCACCAGGAUCUCACCACGCAAAUGGGAACAAAGCAUCAACCAUGGUUCCAAGUGUCUAUAAGAACCUGGUUCCUAAGCCGGCACCACCUCCUUCCAAGCCCAAUGCAUGGAAAUCUAACAGAAUGGAACACAAAUCAGCAUCCCUUUCUGCUAGCCGGGAGUCUGCUUUUACCAGUCCAAUCUCUGUUACCAAAUCAGUGGUACUGGCUGGUGGCACAGUUCUAAGUUCUCCCAAAGAGAGUCCCUCCAGCACCACUCCUCCAAUUGAGAUCAGCUCCUCUCGUCUGACCAAGUUGACCCGCAGAACCACCGACAGGAAGAGCGAGUUCCUGAAGACUCUGAAGGAUGACCGGAAUGGAGACUUCUCAGAGAACAGAGACUGUGAAAAGAUGGAGGAUUUGGAGGACAACAGCACACCUAAACCAAAGGAAAAUGGGGAGGAAAGCUGUCAUCAGAAUGGUCUUGCUCUCCCUGUAGUGGAAGAAGGGGAGGUCCUCUCACACUCUCUAGAAGCAGAGCACAGAUUGUUGAAAGCAAUGGGAUGGCAGGAGUAUCCUGAAAAUGAUGAGAAUUGCCUUCCCCUCACAGAGGAUGAGCUCAAGGAGUUCCACAUGAAGACAGAGCAGCUGAGAAAAAACGGCUUUGGAAAGAAUGGCUUCUUGCAGAGCCGCUGUUCCAGCCUGUUCUCCCCUUGGAGAAGCACUUGUAAAGCAGAGUUUGAAGACUCAGACACAGAAACCAGUAGCAGUGAAACAUCAGACGACGAUGCCUGGAAGUAGGCAUAUAAAUGCUCACAGUUUAACUUGACCCAGUAAACUCGGCUUGUGUGUUUAGGGAGUAUACAAAAGAAAUCAUUCUUUUCCUUUU